AUGCGCUAUCAAUCACUUAAUCCACUUAACUAGCUUUUUCUCUACUUUAAAAACUUUGAAGAUGAACUCCACUUCUUAGAAACAAUCUCUAAUAAAAAAUUAAGAUUCAUGUCAUGGAAAAUUUUUUGCUUUUUUACAACUAUAUUUCCUAUUAUUCAAAUUAUCUAUGAUGAACACAACUAUAUAUACUUAACAGUAUCUGGAAUAUCUUUUUGCUUUUUGCUAGGAUUCUAGUAUGCACGCUAUUAUAUAUGUCUUUUAUAGUGCUUUGCUAUUUAAAUUAUGGUAUAAAUUUUUAUAGGAAUAUACUAUUCAAGUUAAUUAUCUAUUGUAAACAACAACAAUCAUGUGACUAUCAUCGCUUAGAUUAUUUUAUGCAUGCUUCUUUUGGAUAGCUAGAUCUUUAUAAUAGAAUUCACUUAAGCUCUUGUAUUCACAGCUAUUUAGCUAAUUUAUAUUAAUCCAUUUUCAGCUGUACUUUGUGUGAGUUAGAUAACAAUAGUCUUGCUUAUUUUAUGCCUCAAAUAUUUUUUUUAUAGAGUUGUCCGUCAGCUUUAUAUCUUUUCUUAAAAUUUUAGUAAGUGGGAGCAUAUUGUUGAUUCAGUAAUGCCAAUUAAUUAUUUAAUCACUAACUUUGAAGUUAGAACCCAUAAUAUCUAAAUUUACAGUCAAAAUAGAAAAGUAAGAGAAAUGGGAAUAAGAAAUAGUGAUGAACUAAAAGAUUGGUUGGAGAAGCUAAUUAUAAUAAAUGAUUCAAAAAUGAUUAAUAAGCGUUAAAUUACUAUGAAAAAUCAUUUGCUUAAUCGUCAUAAUUAGUUGCUAAAGGAUGCUAAAAACCUGAAUAAAAUAAGAGAUAAAAUAAAUGAAAAUUAAAUUGUUUUUGCUGAAUUGGAAGACGAAACUACAUAUAGAUUUGAAAUGACUCCUAUAUUUAUGGCAGAAUCUCCUCUUUUGUUGAUUGCAUUCGAAGAUAUAACUCAAUAUUAAAAAAGCAGCAAAAAGAAAAAUGAAUAAUUAAAUCUGUGCUCUAUGAUAUUUGAUAAUCUUAAAUCCAUAUCUUGCAAGCUUGAAUAGACUUUGCAUACAUCUCUAAGCUAAAAAAUUCAUCCUAAAUUAAUUGAAAUUCAAAAGAUAAGCUCAUAUUUCAUUAACUAGCUCUUUACUUUUGUCGAUGUCCCAAGAGAUAUUCCUCUUCAAACAUUUAAAUUCAAAGAUGUUUUCUCUUAGAUUUAGAGUUUAUUUUAAUGUUAUCACUAUUAAAUUGAAGACAACGUAAAUGAUUUGAAUGUAAAAUCAAACAUCCUUCUAAUGAAGUAUUGCUUAAUUAGCUUAUUUUCUUGCUUUGAAAACAGCAGACAUCAAGUUUAAAUAACAUUGAAAAACAUCUGUAACAAAUACAUUAUGUUCGAAAUUCAGCUUUUGGGUAAUUAUCAAGUUGACUUAUUUAAAAGGAUGAAUCUAUCUUCUAACGAUUUUUCCAGUAGAAAGCAAAUUAGUAUAUUUUAGUAAUUUGUCUAAAAAAUCAGCCCUCAAGAAAUAUAGAUUAGCUUUAACUCUGAAUAAAAUAAAACAAAAAUCUUUUUGUGCAUGUAUAUAAAUUUAGAAGAAAAAACAUAUGAAAAAACUUAAAACUGGAUAAAUUUUAUCAACAAAGGGUAACCUAUAUUGAUCUAGACUCCUACCAAAAAUGAGUAACCAAACUUAAGUGAAAUGUUAAAUGGAGUAAACUCCAUCAAUCACUCUUAUAUAACAACUUUAAGCUAAUUUUUCUUGAACGAAAAAACAACUUAAAAUACAUAAACAACUCCAAAAUAUCGCAAAAUUAGUUUACAAAAUAAUAUUCGUAAAUUUUCUAAGGAGUAUUCUAGAAAGAGAAAUGCUUCAAUUUCACUCCAUUCUCCUAAAAAUGAAAUUUUGGAAUAAUACACUCGCUUUAAUUAAAUUGGUGCUAUUGAAAAUAAUUUGAGUGAAAUAAAAUCUAUAGCUUCUGCCAGCAAUAUCUAUGAUGAACUAAAAUAAUCAAAUAACAUUUAGUUAGCUAAUGCUUUAAACUCUAAUAAAAAGUUAAAAAUCUAAACAGAUUCAUAAAUUCCCAAGCAUGCUUUUUCAAAUAAGUUUAUAAAAUCAGACAUAGAAAACGGUCUUAUAGUUCAUUCUCCUAAAUCAAACUCUCCUGCAAACUAAGACUUUGUUGACUUACUAAACAAUAUUAAUAAAAAAUAGUCAAAGGAUGAAAUUAAUAUGAAAAACUCUUAUUUAUCAGAUAGCUUUAAAUCACAAUUAGUUGAACAUAAAAAUGAUUUAGAUAUAGAAGGGUAGUAAAAUAGAAUAAAAGAAUUUACUUUAAAUAGAUAAUAACAAUAAUCUAAAUAAUUUGAUUAGUAGAAUUUUUAAGAAAAUAACUAUAAUAGUAAUUCAAACAACAAUUAUAUUCCACCUCAUUUCUGCUAAGAGUAAAAAAAUGUAUAAACAGUAUAAUUACAUAAUAAUAAUCAAAAUUAUUAAGCAUCUAUCAAUUUCGACAGGCAAUAGUAUGCCAGCACUUCUUCAAUUACUUAUUUAUCUUAAAAAAUAAAUGAUGAAUCAAUAGUAUUUUGUAAUGGAGUUAACUCUCUCAGUAACAGCAUCUGCUAAUUUGAUAACUCAAUUAACUACCAAUUCCAAAAUAACAAUAUUAACUUCUAGGACCGUAAUAAAUUCCAAUCUCUAUCUCCAUCUAAAUUAUUUUAAUAGCAAUACUAACAGCAGGUAUAAAUUAUGUGA